UGCGUCCAGGGGAGCCCACGGACGCUGAGGUGGUGGUCGAGACGCCCGUGGUGUCGCCCACGUCUUUGCCCCUGACGUGGCUGGCGGCAGCCAUGGCGGGCGCUUUGUUGCUCUCAUUAAUUCUGCUCGUCGUGGCGGUCGUGCUGCUCCUCGUCAGACGAAGCAGGAGGAGGACGAGGAAGAGACGAGACAGUCGUGCUGAGCAGCACAGCAGCACGGAUGGUAACGACGAUGUGGUCACAGCGGCAGUGGAGGCCUCGGAGGAGUCUGGCAGCAGGGAAACUGUUACCUUAGAGGAGAGCGAAUUUUGGAUCCGACCUGCAGGCUUACGGAAACAGCCGACCUCUCAUGGAUCACCUAAGUUCUCAAGAAGCCCUGCCUAUACAUCGUCCAGUUCACCGCUCCAGAAAGUUUCUGUUCCAUACCAGAGUUGCAGCGCUACUGUUCUUCAUAAUGCGAACACAGCCAGUGGAGUUCACGCCUCGCCUCACGUGUUACCAAUGAGUGUUCACAACAUUAUGGGUGGUGUUAACACCCUGGUCCCGGUCAAUCCAUCACCACACAACAUCAUGAGUGGUGUUCACACUCCACUCCUGUUCACACCAUCACCACAAAGUGAUAACAGUGCAGCUUAUUCUAAAGCAGGUAGUCUAGCGAUGCCCAGCUCCUGUCACGGAAAUUCUAAUGAUUUCCAGCCAACCACCGUAAAUCCAUUUUCCAUACAAAAUAAUGUACAGUCUUUUUCUGGCAACAGUUUUUCAAUAUCAAGUGGAACCUCCACCAUGACGAGUAAUGUUCAGAGCCUGUCCAGUUAUGUAUAUUCGACAAAUAGCCAUGUUUUCUCGAUGCCCAAUACUGUACAUUCAACCCCUAGCAAUGUUUUCUCGAUGCCCAAUACUGUACAUUCAACACCUAGCCAUAUUUUCUCGAUGCCCAAUAUUGUACUUUCAACCCCUCGCAAUGUUUUCUCGAUGCCCAAUACUGUACAUUCAACCCCUAGCAAUGUUUUCUCGAUGCCCAAUACUGUACUUUCAACCCCUAGUAGUUUUCAACCAACAUCUAGCACUGUUCGCUGCACGCUCAGCGAUGUUCACAAUGUUCCCAUUUGUACACAUGCACCGUACACAGCCUCGGUCCCCAGCCAGCCCACGAUCCCUAAUCUCAUAAGUGGGACUGCUUCACAAGAAGAUGAUCUACUCCCUAACCGAUAGUAGUCUAAGAUUGCCAUAAUAUUUAAAUAUAGAUUUACAUAUAAGAUUUAAAAACAAGUCUAUACUAGAAGACAUUAACUUGCUGUUAAAGUUAAAGGAGAAGAGAGGAUGUAUAUUUGU